AUGGGGACAGAAACAGACCCGGUCGAGGUCCGACAGGAGAAUGCGAUCGAGGAAGCAAAGGCUAGGCACGCAGCUGCCGCAGCCAAUGCUGACCAGGCUCAGCAGCAGAUGGUAGAGGAAGCUAGGAAUGCCGGUGUGCCUGCCUUCACCUUUGAUCCAGAUGCCAGCCCCGAGCAGAAGCGAGCGCAAACGAGAGCUGCCAUUCCGCAAGAGCUCCAGCGCAACCAUGGAUUUGCUGUCAUUACCGAUGCCGACACGAGCGGUGCGCCCCUCGCCGAUCUCCCUUCACCGACUACCGCCGGUGUUCUUGAUGCGCCCCGAGACAAGGAUGGAAAGGUGGUCAAGGACGGCGAGGACCCCUUGGACGGCGAUGCCGCCUUUUCGAGGACCGGGUGGGCGCCGCGCUUCGGCUGGCCUGACCAGGAGGAGAGUCUUCCAGACAAAUUUUACGGAGACUGGUAUCACAAUGCCGCCGUCAUCGUCUUUGCCUGCCUGUUCUCUUGGCUUGUUGCGGUUUUGGGUGGAGGCUUAGGUUGGGUCUUUAUCAUCAUCGCCUUUUGCGCCACCUACUACCGCACCUCAAUCCGUCGCGUACGGCGCAACUUCCGCGAUGACAUCACCCGCGAGAUGGCCCUCCGAAAGCUAGACACCGAUACCGAGUCCCUGGAAUGGAUCAACUCGUUCCUCGUCAAGUUUUGGCCCAUCUACCAACCUGUCCUGGCUCAGACCAUUCCUCAAACUCAAGACUUUUACCCUUGGCUCCAAGCCCCGCGCAUGGAGCACGUCAAGACGUACCCCAAGGCCGAGGAUGACGUCGUCAUCAUGGACUGGAAAUUCAGCUUCACCCCCAACGAUACCGCUGAUAUGACGGCCCGCCAGCUCAAGAACAAGCUUAACCCCAAGGUUGUCCUCGAGAUCCGUAUUGGCAAGGCUAUGAUUAGCAAGGGUCUCGAUGUCAUCGUCGAGGACAUGGCUUUCUCCGGUCUCAUGCGUCUCAAGGUCAAGUUCCAGAUUCCCUUCCCCCAUAUCGAAAAGGUCGAGAUGUGCUUCCUGGAACGCCCCACUAUUGACUACGUGUGCAAGCCUCUGGGCGGCGAAAUGUUUGGUUUCGAUAUCAAUAUCAUCCCCGGUCUAGAGAGCUUCAUUCUCGAGCAGAUCCACGGAAACCUUGCCCCCAUGAUGUAUGCACCCAACGUCUUCCCCAUCGAGGUUGCCAAGAUGUUGUCGGGAAGCCCUGUCGACCAAGCUAUCGGUGUGCUCGCCAUCACUCUCCACGGCGCCCAGGGCCUCAAAAACACGGACAAUUUUGCCGGUUCCGUCGACCCGUAUACCGUCAUAACCCUCAAUAGAAGGGCUGAGCUUGCCAGGACCAAGAUGAUCAAGAACACCGCUAACCCCCGCUGGAACGAAACCCACUACAUCAUUGUGACCACGUUCAACGAUACCCUGGAUAUGCAGGUCUUUGACUACAACGACAUCCGAAAGCACAAGGAGCUCGGCGUGGCCUCAUUCCCUCUCGAAAACCUUGAAGAAAUCACCGAGCAUGAAAACGAGCGUCUCGAGGUCACUUCUGACGGCAAGGCUCGCGGUGUCCUCUCCUGCGAUAUUCGCUUCUUCCCCGUGCUUAGCGGCCAGAAGAACGAAGAUGGCACAGAGGAGCCUCCUCCGGAGUCCAACCAGGGUAUCCUGCGCUUCACCGUCGAGCAGGCCAAGGAGCUCGACGGCAGCAAGAGUCUUGUUGGCCAGCUCAACCCCUACUCUAUCCUCCAUCUCAACGGCCGCGAUGUCCACACCACGAAGAAGCUCAAGCGCACCAACAACCCUAUUUGGGAUAAUGGUUUCAAGGAAAUGCUCAUCACGGACAAGAGGCAGGCCAAGCUCGGUGUCACCGUCAAGGAUGAUCGUGAUUUGGCAGGCGACCAGACCCUCGGAAACUACCAGAUCAAGCUCGACGAUUUAUUGGAUUGCACCGAGCAAGGCAAGGAGUGGUUCGUCCUGUCCAACGCCAAGACGGGCCGCGUCAAGAUGAAGGCUCAGUGGAAGCCCGUUGUCAUUUCUGGCGUCAUGGCCGGCACCGGCGGCUACGUCACUCCCAUCGGCGUUAUGCGCUUCCACUUUAUCCGCGCCAACGAUCUUCGCAAUUUCGAGGCCAUGGGCAAGUCGGAUCCAUAUGCGCGCGUGCUCCAGUCAGGUAUCGAAAAGGCCCGCACCGUCACGUUCCAGAACGACCUCAACCCCGAGUGGGACGAGGUCCUGUACAUCCCCGUCCACUCCGCUCGUGAGCGACUUACCAUUGACGUCAUGGAUGCCGAGAAGAUGGGUAAGGAUCGCAGCUUGGGAUUGAUCGAAGUCCAGACCAGCAAGUACAUUCACCAAGACGAAAGUGGCGAGUACAUCAUCCACGACGAGAAGGAGGUUCGCCAAGACGGUUUGCGUCUCCACGGCAAGGGAAUCGAGAAGGGACGGCUUACCUACUCCGUAUCGUUCUAUCCUUGCGUCAACGUUGCCGACCCCGAAGAGGAUGAGGAGGAAGCCGCCGAGUCCGCCGCCAAUGGCACCGCUACUAACGGUUCCGCAACUAAUGGCGCGGCUACCAACGGCUCUGCCGCUAAUGGCGCUGCGGACAAGGCCGCCGCCCCGAGAAUCUCGCUUGACGCCAGGUCCGUCGCGACAAGCAAGAGCCGAGCUAGCCUUGAAGCCGCCCCGGUCGCCCUCGCCGAUGGCGAGGUUCCCAAGUCUCCCGUAACGCCCACUGUCUCAUCCAAGAAUGAGCGUCACGAACCCAAGAAGGUCCGCAUGACGCCAGAGGAGCUUUUGAAGCACGAGUCGGGUCUCCUCAUCUUCCGCCUCAUGGAUGCCGAUUUCCAGAAGAGCGGCUGCCGUAUUGAGGUGUUUGUGGAUGACAUGGCCUUCCCGUCCUACAUCUCGUCUGUUGCUCGGACCCGAUCCCACAAGUUUGAAGAAGUUGGAGAUUGCAUGAUCCGUGAACUGGAUUUCUCCCGCUUGACGCUCAAGUUGGCAGAGGGCAAGAGCGAUAAGCACCGUGAAGGCAGCGACAAGGACGACGUUAUUGCUCGUCUCAGUGGCAACACCCUCGAUACACUAAAACAGUGCUUGAACAAUCCCACCACUCUCAAGCUUAAAGAUGACGAGGGCAACGUGCACAGCAUCAAAAUUAGCCUCAAGUACGUUCCCAUCAAGAUGCGGCUUGAUCCUAGUGAGAGCAUCAACAACAUGGGUACCCUUCGAGUGGACGUGCUCGAUGCCCAGGAUCUCCAAUCCGCCGAUUCCAACGGAAAGAGUGAUCCCUAUGCCAAGUUCGAGCUCAAUGGCCAAGAGCUGUACAAGACCAAGACCAUCAAAAGACUCUCAAUCCCUCCUGGAAUGAGUACUUUGAGCCAGCCAGAUCCCCUCGGUAGCGCCGGCAUCAGCCUUGCCGAGCUGGAACCCUUCCGGCCAAUGGAAACGAGGGUGCUUUUGGACGCCAAGUCUGGCUCCGUCAGGCUAAAGAUGGUGUUCAGGCCAUCGUACGUCACGCGCCAGCGCCAGGGCACGUCGACUUUCGCGGGCACUUUUGCUUCGGCCCCUGGUCGCGUUGUGACGGGCGUCGCGGGUGCCCCUAUCAAGGCCGUCGGCGUUGUCGGCCACGGUGUCGGUAAGGGCGCUUCGUUUAUCAAGCGCGGCUUCAAGAGCAAGAAAGACGAUGACUCUAGUUCAUCUACUCCUAGCAUUCCCGAGGUACCGACCAUCACCACCAAUGGCGGCAUGGGUGGCAUGGGUGGCAUGAAGCGCGCCACUGGCCUCUCUUUAGCAGAUGCCGACGGUGACGCUCGGCCUAGCACUAGCCACGGCGGUAUCCUAGGCCACUCCCGCACGAGGAGCGUUGGCCAAGCUUCGGUCCAUAGUGUACUCCCUCCUGGUGUGUCGACGGGUACGGCCACCUUCACCGUCGUCUCAGCCACUGGCUUCCCCACCGAGAGCGACCUCUACGUCACCAUCGCCCAGUCAGCACCCAAGCACAAGACUGUGGGCAAGACGAAGCACCGUGAUGCGUCGGGUGGCAUCUUCAAGUAUGAUGAGACGUUCAAGAUCACCUGCCAGCCGGACGCUACCUUCCAAGUGCAAGUCAAGGAACACCACAAGAUCCGAAGCGAUAAUGACUUUGGUGAGGCCAUCUUCUUCGUUGACGAUAGCAACUCUGGCCAAGACAGGGUGAUCAAGGUCAAUGAGGGCACCGUUAUCCUUCGCAGCUCCUUCACCCUUAGUGAGUCUACGUUGGCGCCUACCGAUAGCCCCAAGUCUGGAGGCCUCAAGAGGGGCUUUCUAAGUAAGCGAGAGUCUCGCAGCAGGGAAACAACACCCGCCAUGGAAUAA